AUGUUGAUGAGCACUCACGCCAACUGGCCAAUGAAUGGAAGGCCAUCCCGAGUAAUUGAGUGUACGAGCUAUAACCGUCUAAGAAGCCAGGGCAGGUGGCUGACUAAAUGGAGUAGGAGGCUGAAUACCUCGAACAUGAAAAUGCCAAGUAGUGGGGUGAGGACCGGGUGUGGGAACGAGGAGCUCGCAGCUACAAUAUUGAACAUUCAUAAAACUGACUUGCCUGGUCACGUCUACAAGUGUGUUAGAGGUGCCGGACAAGCUACCUCGGCCGAGACCCAGGUGAUUAUCCUUGCCGCCUAUCUUUCAAGCGUUGUGGCCGAGAAGACUUUGACAGUUCAGUACUACUGA